AUGAUCAAUUGGCUGCCCGGAGCCAAGGGACGAGCACCCUGCCAGCUAUUCGACCGGAGAGGUAUAAAUUCCGAUGUCGGUGGUGAGAAAUUGGCUGUCCCCCGCCUCCGCCCUGGAGCCCACGAUUCCUAUAACAAUACUGAGGACAUGCUUAAACACCCUAAAACUUUCUUUACUAACCCGAACAAGGCCCCCAACGAGUGCAGACAGUACAGCAACUUAAAAAUGGCCCCUGGAGACAUGUCCUACAUGUUUAUCUCGAACUUCCCCUACCUCGCGGUGGAGGCUGGUGUAGAUAAAGACUAUUGGAAGGAGGAUCUCUACCAGCAACUUCUAACAAAGCUGCAGGAGCUCACCAUGUCCCGCUUUAACGAUAACCUUGUCAACUUUGACCAGUACGUCGACGAGUGUGCCCGUUUACAGACUAAAUUAAUAAGAUUAUAA